UUUUGAUAAUAUCAGAGUAUGAUAAUAUGCUUGUGUUUUCUAUGAUUUUCGCGACUGACAUACAAAAUCAAAUCAUUUGAUCAAAACCAGUUUACCGACGCCGUCCGACAGUAACUUGAUAAAAAUGCUAUACAGAAAACGGGUGUAAAUAAUUGAAUGGAUUAAAAUCAAAGCAAAAAUAAGUUAGUUAAGAAAUACCAAGUGGUAGCGCUGGAAACGCGUCAUGGCGAAAUUUAAGACAGCGGUUUACAUAUCUGGAGCAUGCAUAGUUGCACUGUUAUGUACUAUGAGUGUAUUCCAGUUCAUGUUGCUGUUUUGGAUGUUUUUCGCAGGAAUUGGUGUUUCUGCCAUGAUUUUGAGACCAGGGUAUGAAAUUCCCAACUUGCUGCUGUCAGUGAUGAAAAAGGACUUGGUGGUCCAUGCUAAACCUGUUAAAGUUAAACCAAAGCAAUGUUCAAUAUGUGGCAAGGAAAACUGCACCAGGGAAAAACCAGAAGAAGAGUUCACGUCUUUGCAACCUUGGUUGGGAAUAGAGGUGACAGAAAAAGUGGAUAAAGCUGUCUCUGAGUUUUUGGAGCUUCUGCUUGAGCAAUAUGUUUGGAAAUGGUACAGAGAUCUGAGCGAGGAUGAAUGUUUCAUACACGAGCUCAAAGUUGCAAUGAGACACGCUUUGUGUGUUUUAUAUCGAAGAAUAAACCAGGUUGACUUGUCAGAUGUGAUUAUUAAGAAGUUGUUGAGACUUUCCAUCAUUCACCUUAACGUGUGUUUAUCUGCACAAGAUGCAGGUUGUAACAACGAAGAUGAGAUCCUCACAUAUUAUGGCAUCAAGCUACAUAGAGCUUUACAAAGCAGAAGAUCAGAGUUGAAUUAUUUGCGUGCAUUGUGUGACCAUGUAUUCCCCCACCUGUUCCCUCCCUCACUUAUCAAAAGCAGAGUUUUUCGUUCUUUGAUCCGAGAAGUUUUAGCAUCGAAUGUGAUCUUAUACGGGUUGGACACGAUCACUCAUCCUGACAAAGUCAACAAUCUACUUUUGAUAUUUUUUGAUGAAACACCACCCAAAGAAGCAGAUUGCCCACCUGCCCCACCCGCUCUAUUUCUCGCUGAAUUUGCAUCAAAAGAUAACAACAACUUAUCGUUACUUCAAAUAGACCUUCCAAAGAUCAUGACGACCCAGGAAAUGUUGUAUCAGUUCAUGACCUUCCUUAAAACACUCGGUGCCGUUCAUUACUUGCAGUUUUGUCUCACUGUUGACGAUUUCAACCGGCGUUGUUUAGCGACCGAGCAAACCGAAGAACAACAAAUCAAACUCCAUAAGGAAGCCAAUGAAAUAUACACAGCUUAUUGUAAUCCAGAAUCUGUAACCUUUAUUCAUUUUGAACCAGACAUUAUAAAUGAACUGCGCGACAUUACUGAGGGACGUUGGAAUAAAAUGAACAAACUACGUACCAGUACUCCGCUCUUUCGUGCCUAUGAUCAUGUUUAUAAUCUCCUUGAACAUCUCUAUUGUCCUCUGUUCUAUCAAAGUGAUAUAUAUUAUGAAAUGGUUUGUGGAAAACGUGUCCCUUUGAAAAAACGUCGCCACAGAUCAAGACAAGGAUCUGGUCGUAUGUAUGACACAACAGCAUCGAAUAAGAACCAACAAGCCCAAGAUGUUUUUAAACAAGGCAAUGGAAGUUCUGAAGAAAAUGAUACAGACAACAAUAAUGGUUUGCUUGACAUGGAUGAGCGCUCAUCCACACUUGAUGACGAGAUGAGCGACGACUUUCUCGUCUCUCGCGAUCUCUCCACUUGGAGGAUCGUUAUUCCUCGAGUGGAUGUACUCAGGCGUGAUGACGAGAUUUCCCGGGGUAGUUCCGCUUCAACGAACGAGAAGAUGUAUGCGUUCUGUGUGGAAGUGAAACGAGUUGAUAUCCAUGAAGACGAUGACAUGCCAAUCCAGUGGCAAGUCCUUCGAAGAUACAACGAGUUCUACGUACUCGAGAACAAACUCACGGAAUUUCACGGAUCCCUCGCUCCUGCAUCACUUCCUCCCAAGAAGUUCAUGAGAAGAUCACCGGAGUUUCUCGAUUCGAAGAAAGCUGACUUUGAACGAUUCUUGAAGUUGUUGAUAGGAAAACCCGGUCUCCAACACAGUGAGCUCCUCUAUGACUUCCUCCUCCCGGAGCGAGCAGGAGCCGUGUCUCGCUUCUACAGCAAGUUGCUCCCGGAUGUUAAACUUGGACGAAUAUUCCGAAGAGUUCCAAACAAACUUCUCAAGGAGAAAGGCCAACAUCUUGAACUUUUCCUUCAGUCACUCAUCCAAUCAUGUGAGCCAAGCAAACCAAAACCGGGAAAAUAUGAACCAAUCACAGACAACCCAGAAAUUCAAAUGGAUCAGAAGCUGCACAGUGAGAUGUAUCCUGACAGUGAUUGGUGUUUUGGUUUCCAAUCAUCAGGAAUGAACAAAGUGACGCAAGUUGAUUCCUUCCUUACAGGAAUAUGUGACUACCUCAUUUUCAUUACCACGAGAGUGUUCAAAGCUGACACCUGGAUACAUCAUGUAAUGGCUGGCCUUAAACUGGUGGUGAAGAAUACCCUUGAACCUUUUGUUCACAAAUAUCUCCAUGAUAAGAUAUCAUGUUAUAAACAGGAACACCAUGUUGUAUCUCUCAUCCAUCUGUUUAGGGAUCUAUUGUUUUAUAAUAAAGACAAACCAAGAACUGCAAAAGAGAAGUUGGAAAGGGAGAAAUCAACUUUUGAAGCUUGGAAAAACUUUAUACCAGCGAACUUUAUCCGUGUUAUUGGCAAAGAGAAGCAUGAAGCUGGGUGUAGGCGAUUGUUUCAAGUAUUACAACAUCCAAAACUAAACAAGCAGCUUGGUUAUUUGCUGUUGGAUUGCUUUCUUCUUGAACUUUUCCCUGAGCUUAAUACUGAUACCAAGGUUUCAACAAAAUAGAUUCAAUUUAACAUCUUGGUGCUUUGGCACAUCAAUGCAAGGACACACAAAUUGUUUUGUCGAGAUCAAGGACAGUUUUCUGUCAUAAAAAUGCAAAUUUUGUCAUAUCUUGUUCACCAUUAUGAUCUGUAUCGCCCACUUUUUUAAUCUGUAUUACCACCAGCACACAAUCUGUUCAGUUUAGUAAUUUACAAAUAUGACAUCUUAAAAAUGUCCGUACAAUGUUUUUAAUCUGAAUACCUGCUCACAGCAUGGUUUAUCCUUACCUACUCCUAUACGAUCACAAUUUUCCUGAUUCAUUAGUAUUACUGUAAUCUGUCUUAAGUGCAGUUCGCCGUUAAAUGUUAAUGUUGUUUUGAAUUUAGUUCACCAUUACGUGUGUGUAUUGUAGAGUACUUGCACCUUAUUACGUAAAGUGCAAUCCUUCGUUUUCUGUUCUAAUCCAUCUAGUGCAAUGUCUUGUCUUGUGCCGUUUACAAAGUUAAUAUAUAUUUGUGAAGUUAAUAAGAU